AGUGCGGUGCAGGAGCGGGGCCGGGCAGCGAUUUUCUUCUCUCGAUCUCGUCAGGGCUUCUCCCUGCCGCGCUCGGACAGCGCCCGCGGACUUCGCUCUUUUUCUUGGUUGGCCCCAGGACUUGACUGCAGCCGCCGCCGCCGCCGCCGCGCUCUCACCGGCUGCUUCCCAGCCGUGCGGGACCGGGGGCCGGGCGGGAUUCUACUCAGCCGGACUUCGGAACUCGGAACCAAGGGGGGACGGGGACUUCUCCCCCUCCCCCUCGAGAGAAGAUUUGCCCCCCCCUUCGCCCCCCAGCAUCGGACAAGCGGGGCAGGGGAGGGGACGGGCGUCCGAGGGGAGCGAGCUUCCUCCCCUUCUUCAUAUUUCAGCGUCGGGGAAUACUACUUCAGGACUUGGACUUGUCCACCCCCUAUCUUCCUGGACUUGGGGACCAGCCGGACCGCCGGACUCUUUACCAAUUUGCUUGUUUUUUCCUCUCGUGCCGGGUCCCCCCACCCUCGGUCCAGCCUUGGCUUCCAGGCGGCCCCAGCGCGGUCACAGGCCACCCCCUGGGGUGCCCGGGGAGAUGUUUCAAGCCUUCCCCGGAGACUACGACUCCGCCUCCCGGUGUAGUUCGUCGCCGUCGGCCGAGUCCCAGUAUCUGUCAUCAGUGGACUCCUUUGGCAGCCCCACGACUGCCGCCGCCUCCCAGCAGGAGUGUGCUGGCCUUGGUGACAUGCCCGGCUCCUUCGUGCCCACGGUCACCGCCAUCACCACGAGCCAAGACCUCCAGUGGCUGGUGCAGCCCACCCUCAUCUCGUCCAUGGCUCAGUCUCAGGGCCAGCAGCCGCCCCUGGGCCCCCAGCUGCCCACCGUCGACCCCUACGAUCUGCCCGGCACCAGCUACUCUUCCCCCGGGAUCAGCGGCUACGCCGGCGGCGCCGGGCCCUCUGGGGCGACUCCGAGCGGCCCCCCGCCCUCGCGUCCCGCUCGGGCCAGGCCUCGACGGCCCAGGGAAGAAACGCUCACCCCCGAAGAAGAAGAGAAGAGGAGGGUCCGUCGGGAACGGAACAAACUGGCUGCAGCCAAAUGUCGGAACCGAAGGCGGGAGCUGACCGAUCGUCUACAGGCGGAGACAGACCAGCUGGAAGAAGAGAAGGCAGAGCUGGAGUCAGAAAUCGCGGAACUCCAGAAGGAGAAGGAGAGGCUGCAGUUUGUGCUGGCAGCUCAUAAGCCAGGCUGCAAGAUCCCUUUUGAUGAGGGGCCCGGGCCGGGGGGCCCCCUGGCAGAGGUGAGAGCUUUGCCUGGGCCCACGCCCACUAAGGACGAUGCGUUCGGGUGGUUCCUGCCGCCGCCGCCCCUGCCCUUCCAGACCAGCCAGGAGCCCGGCCAGGAGGGGCCCCCAGACCUGACGGCUUCUCUCUUUACACACAGUGAGGUCCCAGCCUUCGGCGACCCCUACCCCGUUAACCCUUCGUAUACCACCUCGUUUGUACUCACGUGCCCGGACGUCUCCGCAUGCGGCGGUGCCCAGCGCAACGGCAGCGACCAGUCCUCUGACUCCCUGAACUCGCCCUCCCUCCUUGCUCUGUGAAUUCUUUUAGAGGGAGGGGGCGCUUCUCUCUGGAGACAAAAACUGGGGGGAGGUGGCCACGGCCCCCUCCGCUCUCGCGGCCCGCGUCAACCCGAGGAUUCCGCGCAUCCUCGAGGGGCCGUUGACCCGAGCCGGCCUCUCCUCAUCCUUGGCCAUCAACCGCCGGAUCCCUCUGGACCCGAGGCUCCCUCCAUUCUCGGCCACCGCCCGGAUUCACCUCGACUCGAGGCUUCCUCCCUCCACCCCCGAGCCGGGACUCCGCUGGCCCCACGCCGGGCCCUUCCUUGAGCCCUGACCCUUCGACCCUUGGAGCUUGCCUAUUGACCCUCCACUCUGACUGUCGCCAGUGCUAAAGGCGGAGACUUGGUGGGGGCUGCACCCGAGGGCCUUGCUCCUGGGGGAGGAGGGUGGGGAAAAGGU